CGAAAAAUGUCUGUCUGUUUUUCUGUCUGUCUGUCUGUCUGUCAUGCCGUUACGACGGGCACCCACGGCCCGGGCAGCCCUUUUUCUUUCGCGAUUUCCGGAUACACCCACAGCCAUUUUCCUCGCCUCCACUGGCCGUCUCUCGACAAGGUCUCUCGCUCCAUCACCCACCGCCCAUCCGACCGCAAACACUUUCUUCUGGGACCGAGACCUGCGAGCGGGAUGAAAUACUGCUGUGUCGUCCAUUGUGGCCUGAUGCCGCCGCACUGGGAGGUUGGAGGAGGGCAGAGGGGGGACUGGCAGAGGAUGGAAACGGGGUGCUGGGCGGGAGACACAGAAGUCCGAACGGGAGUCUUGUCCACCCGCCUGCACUCGGCAGUCCCCUUCCUCUUCUGUACGAACAUCGACACACAGACAGACAGACAGACAGAUCUCUACGGCAUGGACCAUAUUGAGCUCUUGGGCUACGCACCAGAUUGGUCAGGUCGCUCGCAUUGGUUUCUUCCGUUGCGGCAGCGCUCACGGAGUCUCCUCGCCUGUAGCUGGCGAGGAGCCUCUCGGGAAGGGGUGGGGGCGGUGGCAUCAAGAAACGCACUCCUGGGCCCCGAACCCUCACCCACUCCUGAUAUAACGCCAGAACCUACAUGGAACACACAUCGAACAAUGAAUGCAUCGGAGACAUAUCGAUGCACUAGAGAUCACUUCGUCGAUCGUUCUUGCACCCCCUACUCCGGCACUGUACAGGAAAGCAGACAACUUGCGAGCCUCGGCACUCUGAGAGAGAACAAAGAGAUUGUACCAAAUCGUUCUUCUUCUUUUUUCAAGCCCUUUCGCUCACGUAGUCAGGUUUGUCGCUCAGGAAUCCGUUGAUGAAAGCGCCUGAGACGAAAUGGCUCACACAGUGUGAGGCAGCUCUCUCUUAUCCAUUUUUGUGCUUGUACCGACGAAGAGGAAGUCACCAAUAGGCGCUAUGCACUGAACCAACACACGGCCGACAGACCCAGCCUUAAUUCGCUCACGCUUGCUUACGUCACGGUGUCCGUCUGGUGUUGGGCGAAAAGCUUGCAGGUGAUCGAUAUCAAUGAGCACCGCCCUCGCCCUGCCGUCUUCGCCUCGCUUAAUACAGACAUUCUCUGGCUGCACAGACAGCGGGGAGAAAAGCACAAACAGCGCCAGAUCACGAACAAAUAGAAUAGCACCGAAGUAUGGUCCCUCUUACGAUCAAGUCCGAAUGCGCCAACCCCCGGUCGUGCAGCCACUUGAGCCCACUCAAAAUGUCCCCAAUAAGCGGCAUCAGGAUCUUCUCCGUAACCGCCCCCAUCUCCCAACCAUUAAGCUCCUCUACCUCUCGUUCUACCACGAGAGCGCUGAGAUCCAUCAGGUCUCCGCCUACACACACAGAUAUGCACAGACACAAGGAUUUUGAUUGAUCGAUUGGUCCACUCUAGUGGAUGGAUUCAUCACCUUGGCACCACUCUCCGAAAAAUCCCUUCAGGCCAGAAGACCAGCCAUGUCCGGGAAGACUCGUCGUGGAGUAGAGGCCUUCGAUGCGGAGGAUGCUUGGAUGUCGCAGGCCGUUGUCAAACAACCAGUCCAUGCCAUUCUUCGGAAAGAGACCCGCGUCCUGAAACGAAUGACCCAUACAACCACCGGCGGGGAAGUCUCCUCUGCUCGGGUGUGUGCUCACCGGAUCGUAUAUGUUGACUUCAUCGUAGUCGGUAUUCACCUUCAACACAACUCGCUUCUGGUCUGAACAAUUCAGAAAACCACACGAGCAAGUCAGUCAGUUCAUACACAGUACUGGGAGUUCACCUCGCAAGUCGAAAAAGACGAUUGCGCAUCCAUGCCGCCCAUGGCACCCUGAGCUCCCGAGCCCCAUGCUCCUGUCCAGAACAAAACGCCCCCCGAAACCGCUCUCCACCCUUCUCUGAAAUCACACCCAAAGAGAACUGCGGCAAGAUUUAUCUUGCUCUCAUGGAUCUAACGCAAAAGUGGUCGAUGAGGUCGCCCUUCUGCUCGUUCGUGAGACGUUUCUGUGGACAAUGCGGAGCAAUCAUUCGCCGCUGCUCUUUCGGCCUGAUUGAUGAUCGCCUACCGGUGGGGUGAAUGUCACCAUCUUGGGCCGAUGAAGAUCUCUGCCAACAGUCAUCGCGCGGGAGGAAUCGUUGGAAGAAUCACGAGCAUAAG